UUUUCGUACAAUGUUCCAAAACUGGACAAUCCAUUAAUCCUUAAUUGGAAUUUUAAUAUUCACCAAGACAGAAUUGCUGAUUCAACAAGCAUAUUAGUCUGGCCUGUAAUUGAAGACUAAAAGGUUCUUUACUUCUUGUUUGCAACUUCACUUGCAGGCAAGACUUGGAGUUAACAACCAUUGAACACCAAUUUCACUUCAUUCCUUCCUUAUCUAACCUCCACAAUUACUACACGCACAAAAUUAAUUAUAUAUAUAUAUAUAUAUAUUCUUGUCCAUCUCGAAUGUGUCCCCAUGGAAUCCAGUUCCUUGUUUCACCUCAGCUGCACCCAAAUUCCUUCCUUUUACCUCAACAUAAAGUACCAAACUUUUUCCCAGUACUAGAAUCAGCCCAUAAAGUGAUCGAAAUGUUUCUUGUUUAUAUCCCAAUCUGCUGAAAAUUACAAGCCAUGAACACACUGAGGUCCUCCCCCUGGCCCAUCAUGGAAAUCCAUCAAUUCUUCACCAUUGUCUUGUUUAUCAUGCUCGGCCGGCAUUUGUUCGUCGUCGAAGGCUUCGCCUGCAACUGGGGACUGCAGGCGACGCACCCUCUACCGCCUCGCAUUACCGUCAAUUUAUUGAAAGACAAUGGAUUCAAUAAAGUGAAGCUCUUUGAGGCUGAUCCAGGCGCAUUGCUCGCCCUCGGUAGGUCCGGCGUGCAGGUCAUGGUCGGGAUUCCUAACGACAUGCUGGCCGACAUUGCCAGGAGUGUUCGUGUCGCCGAGGAUUGGGUCGCCAAAAAUGUGUCCUACUACUUGUCCAAUAAGGGAGUGAACAUAAGGUAUGUUGCCGUUGGGAAUGAGCCGUUCUUGAAGACGUACAACGGCAAGUUCACUCAGACGACCUUUCCGGCGCUGCAGAACAUUCAGGCGGCCCUGAUCAAGGCCGGCUUAGGCCGGGACGUCAAGGCCACCGUGCCACUCAAUGCCGACGUUUACCAGUCGGAUUCCGGCCUGCCGUCAGGGGGGAAUUUCAGGCCUGAUAUUCACGACCUGAUGGUUUCCAUGGUCAAGUUCCUGAGCAACAACGACGCCCCUCUUGUCAUCAACAUCUACCCUUUCCUCAGCCUCGACGCCGACCCAAACUUCCCGAUCGAUUUCGCCUUCUUCGACGGCGCCGCCGCCCCUCUGGUGGAUGGCUCAUACACCUACACCAAUGUCUUCGACGCCAAUUUAGACACCCUGGUUUCCGCCCUGGAAAAAAAUGGCUUCCCUUCCAUGCCGAUCAUCGUCGGGGAGAUCGGCUGGCCGACGGACGGGAAGACCAACGCCAAUCCUCAGCUUGCCCGGAAGUUCAACCAGGGCCUGGUAAACAGGAUCAUAAGGCGCCAGGGAACCCCCAAGCGAUCGACCCUGCCGGAUAUCUACCUGUUUUCUCUGGUGGACGAAGAUACCAAGAGUGUCGACCCUGGAAACUUCGAGCGCCAUUGGGGAGUGUUCAACUUCGACGGGUCGGUAAAGUACCCCUUGGAUUUGGGCGGGGGGCGGAACCUGACGGCGGCGAGGGGGGUUCGGUACCUGGAGCGGCAAUGGUGCGUCCUGGCGCCUGGUGCGAAUGUGAUGGACCCGAAUGUGGCGCAGAGCGUAAGCCAGGCGUGCACUUACGCGGACUGCACGAGCCUCGGGGGUGGGGCAUCGUGCGGGGGCCUGGAUGCGAGGGGGAAUGCGUCGUACGCGUUUAAUAUGUAUUACCAGACGAUGGACCAGCGGAAGGGGGCGUGCGAGAUGCAGUUUCGUAAUCUGGCGGCGGUGACCAAGAUUGACCCGAGUUUUCACGGCAGCACGUGCCGGUAUGAGAUCAUGAUUGAUGUGGGAAGGCACGAUCGGGUUAAGCAGAAUCCCGGCACGUCGGCGGCGGGGGGGAGGCCGGUGGGAGGAGGGGGUUUAGGGUUUCUGGUUUUCUUGGCCGUUGCUCUCUGGGCUUGUCUUAUCUGACCUGCUCUGUUUGACUUAUGUGUGUGCAUAUAGAGAGAGAGAGAGGUGGGGAGAGAGAAAGAUUUGUUUCAGUUUUUUGGUGGAUGAAACCAUUUGUUUCAGAUGCCAUGUAUGCAUUUGAUUUUUAUUAUUAUUCUUUUUUAAUGUAAAGGUACAUUGUUCAAUGAAUCUGGUUUAUUGAGACAC